GCAUUGGGUCUUUGUUGCUGUGCGCAGGCUUUCUCUAGUUGUGGCGAGCGGGGGCUACUCUUCAUUGUGGUGCGUGGGCUUCUCUUGUUGAAGAGCACAGGCUCUAGGUGUGCUGGCUCAGUAGGUGUGGCUUGCGGGCUUCAGUAGUUGUGGCACGUGGGCUCGGUAGUUGUGUUGGGGGCUCUAGAGCGCAGGCUUAGUAGUUGUGGCGUGUGGGCUUAGUUGCUCCGUGGCAUGUGGGAUCUUCCCGGACCAGGACUUGAACCCGUGUCCCCUGCAUUGGCAGGCGGAUUCUUUUUUUUUUUUUUUUUUUUUUUAGCGGUACGCGGGCCUCUCGCUGCUGCUGUGGCCUCUCCCGUUGCGGAGCACAGGCUCCGGACGCGCAGGCUCAGCGGCCAUGGCUCACGGGCCCAGCCGCCCUGCGGCAUGUGGGAUCCCCCCGGACCGGGGCACGAACCCGCGUCCCCCGCAUCGGCAGGAGGACUCCCAACCACUGCGCCACCAGGGAAGCCCUCCAGUAUUGUUUGUUAAACCCGCGUCACUUGUAAUUGCAAGGUAAAAGGGUGGGUGUUUGGAAAUGGUCCUUUUUACUUUUUAAAGGUGAUUUUCUCCAGAAACACAGUUUAUGUGACUUUUCUCUAGCUCUUUUGUAAUUAUACUGGGCAGAAGUUUUGCUUGAGAGGAAAACCCGACUACUCCUCCAAAACACUUCAGUUGUGUGUCCUCUGUUUUAGUUUGUGAGAGAUGAUGCUUCCAGGAGUCCCAGGUCUGCUGUCUUCUCCUUGGGGUUUAUUAGGGGUCCAGGGUCCCAGUGUUGCCUGGGAAAAGGGUUGCCUUUUCCCUGUUGGAGCAGCAGGAGUAAGGAAAAGGGCCUGGCAUUUACAGAGCCCUUUCUGCGCGCAGGUGCUGCUCUGGGUGCUCCGUAUAGUUCUUCACAACUUUUUCAGGGAUUUUUGUUUAUUCCCAUUUUACUGAUGAGCAAGCUGAAGCUUGAAGACGUUAACCGACCACCCAGGAUCUACUGACCAAUGGAGAUGGUACUCACGUUUGGAGUGAUGACUCUAGACUGGGUGAGAGAGAAAAGGUGCGUGCAGCUGGGUAGAACUCAUACCAUCCAUGCCCAGAUAUGAUCGGCAAAAGAUACCCCGAGUCUAACUCUCAAAAGGAGAUGCUGAGCUAUGGUCAUAGUAAAGCGUUGAAUUCAAACUUCACAGUUUCAGGUUCUGCACAUAACUAAUCAUUUGGUCUCAGAUUAUAACUGUAACACCUUUGUGUCACAUCAGUGAAAGAAAUGUGAAUCAUGAAGGCUUCCGUCCUUACAGUACAUUCCAGCCAAAGAUCUGUAUGUUAGCAGUUUCAUUUUCAGGUAAGCUGUCUUUAAACGCCUCAUCACAGAGAGUUUUGAGACUAGAUACUGUGGACUUUCCAAAGGUUGACAAAUCUAGACUUGCAUCCUGAUUUCAUAACUCUAAUAGCUGUGUGACUUUCUGAAACUUUGUGUUCUUAUCAGUGAAAUAGAGUUAAUACCUCUCGCAGCAAUGUUAUAUGGGACCAUAAAAGGAAAUUGGUAGAACCAUUAUAACGCAUCUUGUUUCUAUACAUUUCUGUAGCUCCAGAAACUCAGAAUACACAUGACUCGAAAUGGUGAACCCGUGUGCACCCUGGGUGUCCUGUCCCUGAUUAGAGGGUUGUAGAGGGCCCCUCCUGGCUGGCACGGGUAUUUUGACAUGAAGUUUUCUAGCCAGAUAAGAAAGUUGACUUGAUGUUCACGUAAUCUUUUGGUUUAUUUGGCACACGUGUGCAUGACCUGUUCACAUUUUAGACAAGUGGUAGUACAACACAUUUUUCGGGGAUUAUAACACAGGGGUGGCCAGACUUCGUAUGGAAUGGCUGAGUCUACUCCCUGAGUUCUCAGGAGCUGCCUCUUGCCCACCGCAUGUUCCGAUCAGGGUUUAGGUGACUCCAGAAUGUCGAUGUGAUGUCAGCCAUCCUUUCCAGUUCCACCUUUGCUGACAGUGGCAGAAGGGAGUGGUAAAGGGCUCUCUCUCCCAGGCUUGCUUCCUCAGAGUCCUGGAAGCUCACCUGAACUUUAACUAGAUUUAUUAACCACGUAGCCAGAUGAUUGACCAUGUAAAGCAGCAGAUGUCUUUGACGUAAAUGUGGCCUGGUAGCGUAGCUGGGGCAAUUUACAUUUAUAAUGUUUGUUGUCUUCCUUGUUACACCAAUUCCUCAAAAAAAAGGAAAUAAAAGAUCCUGUGUUAAUUUUUUAUUACUCAAUUAACGAUCCAGGGAAGUUUCAGAGCAUCCCCUUCUACACACAGCAGCAGCUGGAAUGCGCUGGGGUAGGUCUACACUGGCUCAUACGCAGCUGAUACCUUGAAACCUUGGUGUCUGGGAAAGCGUAAUCAGGGCCUGAUUACUACCUUUACUGAAUUGCAGAAUCUGUAAAGAACCCUUAGAGGUCGUUUAGUCCAAUCUCCCCAGCAAGUAGGAGCCCCUUCUGCAGCACUGAUGACUGUGGUUCCCCGGGCUCUGCUGAAUUCCUCAGGGACAGAGCGCCCUUUCUGUUAUUGGACACUGCUUGUUGCAAGUUUCUUCUGUAUAUGAAGAAGAGUCUUCCACCUUCUAUCUAGGUCCUACUUCUGCCUUUUAGAAUAAACAAUCUCCCUUUUUCGAAAUCAUACGGUACUGUGUUCCUUUAGUCACAGUUCCCAUGGCACUUCUUUUCAGAAGCACACAUUCUUGCAUAAAACAUUAGACCGUCGGCUCCCUGUGGGCAGGCUUUGGGGUGGCGGAUGGCGGUGGGUGCCUUGUGUAGUGCUGUGCACACACACACGGCAGGCAGGCGCCCCCGAGUACUUGUUCCCGAGUCUGAGAUGUGCUGGGUGGUGAGGAGGAGCCUUUGCUUGAGUUUCAUGGCUCUAACCAGGGAUUUCCAACGUUUUGUGGCAGGGAGCUCUUCUUUAUACUGUGGGGCAGGAAGGACUAAGGAUUUAGGGUAUCUUCUUAGUAACAGUUGCUAUCGUGAGGGCCUUCUGUGCUUUCUACUUGUGUUAGGUGCUUAUCAUGAUCUUAUUUGGUCCUCACAAGAGUUCUGUGAGGUAGGCAGUAGGUACGUUUUUUAUCCCCAUUUUAUAGAUGAGGAACCCGAGGCCCUAGAAAAGUUAAUUCAACGGCAAAACUAAAACGGAUUUUAGUCUAGAGCCGUCACCUUGAAGUACUACAAUAUGUCGCCAUCUCCUUGAAAACGGCCAGUAAUAAGAUCACAUGAAGCCUUCUCUAACCCGCAGCCCAUAACCUUCUUUGCGCCAAAAAUUUACUUUUCUCUCAUUUGCAGUGUGUAUCCUGCCCCUUCGCGGGGCUGUAACAACUCUGUCGGGGUGGAGGAUGUGGCUCCCGUGUACCUCUAGGUGGCACAUGCCAGGUGCUCAGUGUUUAAUGAGGCCACUGAAUAAAACCUGGGAAAUAUACUAAGGCUGUAAGAAGCUGGCUGAACUGCCAUGACCUUCUCAUCUGCAAGAAUAUCUAAACAUUUUUAACACCAUUUGUGGGAGUUAGGCAAAAAAUUUAUUGUGGUACCAAAAAAAGGACUAAGCGAUAUGCAGCGUAUGAUCCACGGGUCAUGAGGCCGUGCCGAUUUUACCUAGAAUCUUAAACAACAAGCCUGUGAUGCAAUGAAAUUUAAGGUUGGGAUUUCCCUUGUGAAGGGGUGUGAUCUUGGAAAACCGAAAGCUUCAAUGUUCACUUCUGGAAAGCGCUGUCGGUUCUUUGGUUGCUUUCUUCCAUUUAGAACCUUGCCUUUGACAUUGGUCACCUCAGUAGGUUAGUGGUGGAUGUUUCGGAUUUUCCUAGCUGUCUCAGUUAGGUGAAGAGGGUCUGCACACUUGUUUGUGUGACUCUGAACCUGGGACCCAUCCGGAGGAGCCAGGAGGUGGCAUGGCACAGAGGGCUUCACGUUCUGGAGUUCUCAGCCGUGGGGCUGUCAUCAGGAGGAGAGGAAGCCCCAGGAGCUGGUCAAGUGCAGGGCACUCAGUAAGAAGUACGUUUUACACUUAACACACACACACAGAGCAGUAUUUAUCCUUACUCAACAUGAUGCCCUCUAAUUUUUAUUUCAUUCAAAAAAAGUGCUAGUUUACGAGCCACUAAUGAGUGGCCAGCAGCAGAUGAAAAGCACUGGUUACUCUAGUGUCAGCUCAUUAAAAUUGUGGGAUCUCGGCUCCUCCCUGUACCCACGACAUCAGAAUCUGCAUUUUAAUCUUAAUAAGGUGAUUUGGGUCCACGUCACAGUUUGGGAAGGCCUGGGCCAGAGGACAGUGUCUGGCCUGCUGGGCGGGGAGGCGGUGCUGGGGACCCAUCACUCGGGUCGCCCUUGCCUGCGGUUUGGAGACCACUGGGUGCUGAGCGGCUCCCUGAGCCCUCACCGUCACCUUGUUUCUUCUGCCCAAGCAGAUUCAGUCAUACUUUUACGUGGGCAAAAUUGCAGAUUUUAAGCUCCUUAUCCAAGGCUAAUUUUGAAUUAUGUUAAAUCACUUUGUUUUGUUCUCAUGGCGUCCUGCUUGCUUGGGCAUAAUUAUGAGGAGGUAGAACUUCUUCAGAGGCAAGUGCACUUUGCAUUCUAAAGUAGGAGCAAAUCCACUCUCAACACAGGGAGAGAUCUGAGGCUUCAAUGAAGGGGUUAAAUCCAAUCCGAAAGCACUUCUGUGGCACUGAUUGCUCAGGCUUUUGCGUACCUGCUUGAGUGUGAAGGAAGAGGGGGUACAGGCUUUAGACAGGCAUAUAUACAAAAAAAAACAGCUGCAGGUUGAGCUUAAAAUAACCCCCUGGUCUCCAAAGAAGAGACCCAAGUCCACAACACACUGAUUUCGGGGCUGCCAAGCAGGAUGAGCAGCCGCAGGGCUGGAGAGAAGUGCCGGUCAGCCUGCAGGAUGCUGCCACCCCUCUGCCUGCUGCCCUCGGGGGCCACCGCUGCCCUUCCCCUGGAGGGCGGCCUCACCGGCCACGACAGUGGGCAUAUGCAGGAAGUGGCAGAAAAAAACAGCCUGUUGACUUUCCUUGCGUGGUGGUAUGAGUGGGGCUUCCAGGCCAGGGCGGUGUCCUUUGUAGGAGGGGAAGCCAGGGAAGUGUCCAGACGGCAGGAAGUCCUGCCCCUCCAACAGUCCACUCGCGGAGAUAAAACGCCCUGCAAGAAUUUCUUCUGGAAGACCUUCUCCUCCUGCAAGUAAAACCCCACCCAGAAUUACUCAUGCAAAGAAGUGUAAAGAUGGAUCUGAAUAAAAUGUUAUUAAUCAGCCGUGAUCUUUCUUCUUUAUGCAGUUGUCUUCUCUUUCUCGUGUAAUUUGAAAAGUAGUUUUUAUUUAAACUCCAAAAACACCCAAUACUGAGUGUCUUGAGUAAUUUGGAACCCAAAGGGAGUAUUUUUGAUAAAGAUUUUUGUGGCUUUUUCCAUUAUUGUCAAUGCAGCCAUGGGGCCUUCCUUCCACCUUCAUUAUGUGCUUAGAGGUUGUUCUGUCCUUGUCUUCCUUGCUUUGAUUUAAAAUAGCUAAAAGCUACAUAUUUAAGUGUUCAGAAUAACAUUACAGUUUAUUUUGAUAUAAACUGUCUAAUUUAAACAAUAUUUCCCCUCAUAUUAGAAGCAAUUUUUAACAUUGUGCUCAAAGAACAAAAUGAUUGUUCCUCAUGUUCUAGAUAAAAUUAAUUUAAAAACAAAGGCCACUACUGAGCCUGCGCGUCUGGAGCCUGUGCUCCGCAACAAGAGUGGCCGCGACAGUGAGAGGCCCGCGCACCGCGAUAAAGGGUGGCCCCCGCUUGCCACAGCUGGAGAAAGCCCUCACACAGACACGAAGAUCCAACACAGCCAUAAAUAGAUAAAUAAAUAAAUUUUAAAAAAUAAAAACAAAAAAUAAAAAAUAAAACCAAAUGCCACGCUAUUAGGCAGACAACAUCAUGUUGACAUGCUUAUAAAAGUUACAUUCGAAACUGCUGUUAAGGGCUUCCCUGGUGGCGCAGUGGUUGAGAAUCUGCCUGCCAAUGCAGGGGACACGGGUUCGAGCCCUGGUCUGGGAAGAUCCCACAUGCCGCGGAGCCAACUAGGCCCGUGAGCCACGGCUACUGAGCCUGCGCGUCUGGAGCCUGUGCUCGGCAACGAG